AUGCUCUUAAAGCUAAAGCGCUCUUCUCCAAGCUCUCCCGCCGCGGCCACCUCCCGGAGUCCCUCGCGCGUCGCUAUUUCGCGCAGCUCGGUUUUUCACGCGAUCACUCUCAUUCGUGCCGGGGAAGAGGUUCGCCACGCUGGAGGGUCCCGAAGAAGAGGACUUAAUCAUAAGCGAAAAGGAAGAGGCAAAAAUGCCAAACAGCUCACAUGGGUUCUCCUCCUCAAAGCGCAUCGCAUCGCCAGCUUCUUGACCUCCCUCGCGCCGACAUUGUGGGUGCUCAUCUCCGCCGUCAAGCGCCGAGUGGACGCCGGGAAAACCAACGUCAACACCGAAGGUGGCCGGGAGAACGAGAGCGCAACCGUGAAGACGCGCUUCUAUUCCUGCAUCAAGCUCUUCCUCUUCCUCUCUAUUUCCCUCUUGUGCUUCGAGGUCGCUGCGUACUUCAAAGGCUGGCAUUUCGGCACCGCGACUCUUCAGUUGGAGUCUGGGCUUUGGGCACCCGGGUUUGGAGUUAUGGUUUACUCGCGCUGGGUUUUGGUUCGCGUGGAGUACCUCGCUCCCUCUCUGCAAUUUCUAACCAAUGCGUGUAUUGUGUUGUUCCUUAUCCAGAGUAUGGAUAGGCUUGUUCUGUGUUUGGGCUGUUUCUGGAUUCGAUUUAAGAAGAUCAAGCCUGUCCCCAAGGGUGGGGGUGUGGUAGAUCUCGAAUCCACAGAGAAGGGUUUUGGUUUUUUCCCAAUGGUGCUCGUGCAGAUCGCUAUGUGCAAUGAGAAAGAGGUUUACCAGCAGUCAAUUACUGUGGUGUGCAAUUUGGAUUGGCCCAAACGGAAGUUGUUGAUUCAGGUUUUGGAUGACUCAGAUGACCCAACCACGCAGUUGUUGAUAAAGGAGGAGGUUCAGAAAUGGCAACAAGAGGGUGCCAACAUUUUGUACCGACAUUGCAUCAUAAGAGAUGGCUACAAAGCUGGGAAUUUGAAAUCCGCCAUGAAUUGUAGCUACGUCAGAGACUACGAGUUCGUUGCAAUUUUUGAUGCAUAUUUCCAGCCUAUGCCGGAUUUCCUCAAGAAAAUUGUUCCUCAUUUUAAGGAUAACGAGGAAUUGGGGCUUGUUCAGGCGAGGUGGUCUUUUGUGAACAAGGAUGAGAACCUGUUAACAAGGUUGCAGAACAUUAACCUGGCUUUUCAUUUUGAGGUGGAGCAGCAAGUGAAUUGGAUUUUUAUUAACUUCUUUGAGUUCAAUGGAACCGCGGGAUUGUGGAGGAUAAAAGCUUUGGAGGAUGCUGGUGGUUGGCUGGAGAGGACUACUGUUGAGGACAUGGACAUUGCCGUUCGAGCUCAUCUUCAUGGCUGGAAAUUCAUUUUCCUCAAUGAUGUUGGAGAGGGCGGAGGCGAGCUGUAUAUGUGA